GGAUGGCAGAUAAUAUAACCUUCGUUUACUUGAGUUUUCUACUGUGCUGUUAUCUUCCACUCACUUCUGCUUCAUUUUGUGAUCCACUGAUAGAAAAGAAAGUGGAGUGGAUUAAAAUCCCCCCUGAUACAGUCCAAUUGUAUAUUAAUGACUGUAAUGUGAAGAGCAUCCAAUACACAGAAAGCCAUCUUUCAAAACUAAGUCUACUCAAUAUCACCUCUAGGUGCAUCAGGAAUCUGCCAGCUAAUGUUCUCUCGGAUCUGGAAAAAAAAUGCCUAAGAAAGCUUCCAAUCUCAUUUUUGAACAGUACUAGUCUGUACGGAAUUACAUCUGUCUGUACCUGUGAGUUUAUUACUGACAUCCCCAAGCCCCUGAACAACACUGUUUGUGCAGAAAUGUUGAAAAGCUGUGGAAACACAUCGGUGGCCAUUUCUGUAGGCAUUUCCCUUUUAGUACUCUUGGUGGUCUGUGGGAUUGGGUGUGUUUGGCACUGGAAACACCGAAACACCACCGGAUUUACUUUACCGAAGUUUUUGCAAAGGAGAAACAGCAGGAAAAAAGACUUAGCAAAAACCUUCUGCUUGAGUCCUCACAUUGUUGGCUCAAGGCCUAAAAUCUCAGCUGAAACCCAAAGCCACAGACCGUCUGUCAGGGGAACUAGGAUGCAGGCCAACUAUGAAAAUGUGGAAAUGGGGCCUCCCAAAGCUAACAAAGAAACUGACAAGGGACUCUACGAAAACACUCAGCAGAUCAAUUUCAAAGAGCACAUGUAUGGAAGUGAGACAUCCUGUGACUACUAUAACUUCCAGAAACCUGCUGCCUCGGAAGCUCAAGAUGAGGAUAUCUACAUUCUUCCUGACUCCUAUUAGCUUUUCAAAACUACUGAGUUUCAUUGUUGGAGGAUAAAAUAUGCACGGGGACUUGGAUGGUGCUGAUGCACUUAUUGACCAAGUUCUUCUCAUGAAAUUCAGUGGUCUCUCUAUGUCCACCCCAUGGAUCCUGUCUACGUGCAUGAUUGUAGAUUCAUUCUAAAUAACCUCUCUUCCCUCUUCUCCUGGGAUUAAAUCUUUACCAUGUAUAUUGAUUUUUUCCUUCUAAAUAUCAUCUGUUGUGUCUUUGCUUUGUUUCUACUUCCACCAUCUUUUUCUGAUUUAGGAUUAUUUUCACGGUCUCCUCCUGGGUCUUCCUGUCUCCACCCACUCAAUCAAUUGCACAUGAUGCUGCCAGAUUUAUCUACAGAAAAUAUUCCCACUGGCCGCAUUACACCUUCGCUGAAAACCUCUUAAUGCUGCUCUUUAAAAAAGACAUAAUGCUCAUAAUUCUAACUCCUGCAUUCAUAAUUUUUAAUGAAAAGUUUGUUCCCACUUACUUUUCCAACAACAUCUCCUACUAACCCUAAUUUCUCUGCAUCCAUCAGAAUCAUCUUAAAACCUGGCAAACUCAUCUCCUCCAUGGCUCUCUCUAGCCUGCCUCAGAUUAGAACUUCUUCCACAAGUCUUCUGAGUAAUCCCAAAGCUACAUUUACCUUUUUAUUUUCUAACAUUCUACAGGUUUUUGCUUCCUGCUCUAUUCUUUUGGUAUUAAAACAUGAAUAUGAAUGGUGGAUAUGUUAUUUUAGUACU